AGUACCCUUGAUCCCUUUAAGCAAAAAUUAAACGUGUUAUUAGAAUGUGAUAUGGAGGCCUUUUUAAAGUAACUGAAUUAAUCACCCUUAUUUUCCUUCCCACGCUUUCUCUGGAUAUUCAACAUAUUCUCUAAAUCUUUCAUUAAUAUCUUUCCCAUUUUAUUUAUUAAAUUUCCUUACUGAUAAAUCCAGAAAAUAAGUACAAAAUCUUUGUUGACUUAGGUCGUUACAUUUGGAUUUCUCUUCCUUUUUUAACCUCUUAUUCUCUCCUUCGUGUCUGCUAUGACGACUAACCAAAACCGAAGAGAUGGAGACGCGAAUCCGGAGGAAGCCUUGCCGCCGUCUCCGUCUCAACAGCUUCUACGUGAAAGACUCAAAGCUUACGAGAAUAUGUAUGGCUCCUUGGAUGAUCAUUACUCACGUGGAACCGGAUCUUCACAGUUUGCUCCUUUGUCAGAUUUGCGAACCCUUGAAUCUGACUUUAGAAGAUUGGGUGUCUCUGAUUCAAACCCUCGCCAACAGCCGCUACGUGAUCAACGUCGAAGCAAUCAAUUUCCUUUGAAUGGUGGAGAUCGAGGUAUCAAUGAAUACUUUAACCCUUCGUAUUUUCAGUCUCAAACUGAACAAGAACAGAUUAAUCUGGAGAGGAUGUGGUUUAAGAAGGAUAAUCUUGUUAAUGGGUAUGAUGCUUAUAAGUCAUCUAAUUAUGGUUCUUAUGGGCGUGGCAAUAGUGGUAUGUCGGUUCGUUCUCCGUAUUUUGACCACUGUGAGGUUUCUUUUUCUCAAAGUAAUAAUCAUAAUUCUGGUAAUCAAAGCCCUUGGAGUUAUUCACACGGUUAUGUACCUCGAACCCAUGAUCUAUUCAAUAUGAAUAACUCUAGGGCUAAGGAUAACACAAUGUCUCGUGCUAAAAACCGUGUGGAUUCUGUCGAGUUGCAAAACUUGAUUGCGGAAGGUUCAAGAGACACUAUUGAUAAGAUAUUUGAUGAGCUGAUAUCACAUGUUUGUGAGCUGAUGACUGACCCUUUUGGUCAUCAUGUCUUUCAAAAGCUCAUGGAGAAAUGCACAAAUGAACAAAUCACUCGGGUUUUGGAAAUUGUCAUCCAACAACCUAAUCAGUUUGUGAGAAUUUGUGGCGAUUUGCAUGGAACGCGUGCAAUACAAGAUUUGAUCCGAUGUCUUAGUUCAGAAGAGCAAAUAUCCCACUUCAUGGUAACUAUAUGCCAUGCUGCAUUACUUCUGAGCAAGAGCACUAAUGCAAAUGAUGUGAUUAUGUUUUGCUUCAGCCAUUUUUCUCCUUCACAAACCAAUGGACUUCUUCAAAUGAUUGUUCAAAACUGUUAUCAAGUUGCAAUUGAUCAUUAUGGUUCUUGUCUACUUCAACAAUGCAUUGGAAAAUCCCGUCAAGAAAUAAGGGAGCCUUUGAUUAGAGAGAUAAUCGCUAAUUCUAUGAAUCUAUGUGUGGAUCGCUAUGGAAACUAUGUGGUCCAGUAUGUGUUGGAAUUGGAAAAUUUUCAAGUGGCAGCAGCCCUGUCAAGAUAUCUCAGUGGGAAUUACGUGCAACUCUCUUGUGACAAGUAUGGAAGUCAUGCGGUGCAAAAAUGUUUAGAAAGUAGACAAUUCAACUCGAGGAUGAUCAUCAACGAGCUGCUUACUGACAUUGAUUCACUUCUUGUAAAUCCUUUCGGAAACUAUGUAAUUCAGACUGCAUGGGUUGUAUCUCAGGUAACGAAAAUAAACAUGCUUUUAGAUCCAUUUUAUGUGAAAUCAUUAGCUUAUUUGUUUACUUUGUCUUGCAGAGUGAUAUGCGAAGUGAAUUGUUGUACCAUAUCAACAGGAAUCAUCCGUUGUUGAGGUGCAAUAGAUACGGGAGAAAAAUACUUGAAAAACUUAAUCUUUGGACAUAAGAGGGCAUGUUUGUGGAAUUAGAUGAGAACCACGCACGAUUAGUUAUUCAUGUUGGUGUUUUUUUCAUUUUUCAUUUUUCAUUUUUCAUUUAGACGUUGACUCGAUAUUGUUGAUUGUCUUUUUAUUAUUAAAUGGUUUUUAGGUAUGUGUUGUAGGUCUCAAAUCUCAAUAGCUAGAGUCUCUUAUCUCUUCAAUCGUCAAACGUGCUUUUAGGUCCAAGAGUCUAUGUUGACUACUUUCUUUGAGUAAAAUCUCAUUUGUCUUAUGUUAAUUUUUAUAUUUUUUUUAUUUGUAAUAUGAACUUAAAGCUGGUGAUCUCAUUUAUUUAACUCUGUGGCCGAAGAGCUUUAUGAAUUUAGGAAGAGGACCUGCCCUAGCUUCUGGCAUUCCUUUGUUUUAGCUUGCGCAACAAAAUCAUGUUUUUAAAUAAAAGCCACAGGAUCAUAAGUAUACAUUAGAAUGCACAGGUUCAUCAUACUCAAUUGCUUUUUUCUGACUUUAAUUUUCAUCUCUAAGAUCAUGCCUUUCGUGUUCCUUAAGGCUAAUUGGUUCCUAAUUUAUGCUGCUUUUAUAUAAAGUAUAAUAUAACUACAUGUGGCACAGGCUUGUUCCUUGGGAGCAAGGUCCUAGCGGGUUGUGAUGGGAAUCUUGUGUGGAGGCGGCACACACCUAAGCAGUUUACUGGGAGACGACCAUCAGUUCAUACCUUGAAGACUAUAAUUUCGUGGAAGGUAUCAUGAUAGCUCAUUCUGGUAGAUCUGUGGGCUACACUUUUAAGGUUUGGAGAUAUGUCAACGGGACAUAACACUAUGAACACACGAUGAAACAAGCAUGGGUGCUUGAUAAAAUUUGGUUCAAUGUCCCUUGCUUGUCAAUGGAUUGCUUUCCACCUUCUGAACUCAUAUUUGAAGACUUAUCUAUAGGCCCACAAUUAAGACAUUGCAUGCAGGGUUCAGUAGACAGAAAAAUGGGUGCUGUUUAAUGGUUUAAGACUUUAAGUAAAAAGCUUAUGAAGAAGGAGAUCAGUAAUGUGUAUAAAUGAUUAAGAAACAAAGCCUAGAUUAUUAUUCAUUGUCAACUAGUAAUCCAGUCCAUUUUAUAUAAUAGGAUACAGUUUCAAAAUAGAACUAGAUUUUAACCCGUACGUUUGUGCGGAUAUUUUUUCAUUUUAUAAAUGUAUUUGAUAUUAUUAUAAUUUUUAAAAUAUAUAAUUUUUAUUUUAAUAUUAUAUAUUGUGUAACUCUAUAAUAUUAUUAUUUAUAUUUAUUAUUCGGCGUUAUUAAUAUAUAGUGAUUUGUUUAGUACAUUUUACUUUAUUAUUAAUUUUUAUUACUUACUAAUAUAUUUUCGAGUUAGGUACAAUAAAAUAACAAUAUGAAACACUCAAAUAAAUAACCUCCUUAAAAAUAUGCAUUUUCUUUAAUUUAUACAUUUUGCUAUAAUACAUCUUAAAGUUUAUUUAUAUUAUAGAAAAUAAAUAUUUUUAAGAUAAUUUAUAUUUACAUGUUGUGUUUUAGAAAAUAUACUUUAACAUAUAUUAUUUUAGUAUUUUACGGAAUUUUAUAAGUAGACACAUUGUUUUGUUUAAAUAAUAUAGUCCUAUUAUUUUAGUAAAUUUUGUACAUAGUAUCACCUAUCAUAUUAUUUUAGAAACUUUUACUGGUACAUGAUAAUUUUGGAUAUUAUAAUAUUAAUUUUUAUU